AUGUACCGCAACCAGUACGACACGGACUGUAUCACCUGGUCGCCUCAGGGGCGUCUGUUCCAGGUUGAAUACGCAAUGGAGGCGGUCAAGCAGGGCUCGUGCUGCGUUGGAAUCAAGUCUGCAACGCACAUCACUUCGAAAAUCGAGAUUCCGCAGGUGUUAUGUGCCGUGAGGCGCAAGACGUCGAAGCACGCUGAUUAUCAAGACAAGAUCUUUCGCAUUGCCGACUACAUCGCCGUGGCCAUGUCUGGCAUCACGUCUGACGCCAAGAUGAUCGUGAACUUCAUGCGCAACGAGUGCCUGAACAACCGCUACUUGUACGGGUGCGACAUCACCGCUAGUAAGCUGGUCUCCCUGGUUUCGCGAAAGUCCCAAGCCAACACGCAAGUUGCGUCCAAACGUCCUUUUGGAGUGGGUCUCCUCGUCGCGGGAUACGACGAGAAGGUUGGCUUGCGCCUCUAUGAGACGUGCCCGAGCGGCAACGUGGUGGAAUACAACGCGGCUGCUUUCGGCGCCCGCUGUCAGAGCGCGAAAACAUAUCUGGAGCGCAAGAUCGCUAAUUUCGAGAGUUGCAACGUUGAUUCGUUGCUCUACCACGCCGUGAAGGCGGUCAAGCUGACCAUGCCCCACGACGUAGAGUUCACCUCUGAUAUGGUCACCGCCUGCGUUCUGGGCCAGGGCAUGCCCUUCAAGCUGCUGACUGCUGAGGAGAUCCAGCCGUAUAUCGAGAAGGUGGGCUCGCGCUCAGUAUUUGACACAGCCGCCGUUUCCCUACCCAUUAUCACAUUGUUUCAGGUCGUCGCGGGUGAGCCUCAGGAUGUGACCAUGUAG